AUGGCCCCCCUCACCACCCGCAAACGCGAUCUCGCCUACCUCCUCUUCUUCACCACCCACCUUCCCAUAAUCUUCCUCGUUGACACAGUCCCCCUCCAACCGGCAUGGCUCCGCACCGAUCUCUCCGCGCAAUUGCGCGAGUAUUAUGUCGCGACAUACCGGGACAAGUUCUUUGAGGAUCCUGCACCGGUGUGGUUUAGUGCGUUUGUUUGGAUGGAGUUGGUUUAUCAUGUGCCGGCGAGUUUGUGGGCGGUUUGGGGGUUGAUUCGAGUCCACCUCCUCAUCUUCGGCAUCCAGGCCUUCGUCACCUCGCUCACAUGUCUAAUCGACGUCUGGAGCUGGCCCGAUCGCACAACGGCCGAGAAACAACAAAUCACAUACCUCUACGGGCCCUAUGUUGCACUAGAGAUUGAAGUUGGGAGCGUGGAGCUGAGCUUCGACCCUCGUGCUCGUCAUGCUGCAAUUCGCAAUCCUUCCAAUUCCCUCUUCUCCGUGACGUCUUUUCUGCAGAAAAUUACACACAUCACGAACCAGACUGACGAACACAACACAGGUGCCUUAAUGGCAUUUGACAUGGUCCUUCGAUUGCGUGCUCGAUUAAUGCCAAAGGCCAAGCGUGAGUGA